AUGAAGAGACGUAUUGAAGAUAAAGAGAGGCAAGGAAGAUUGCUGGAAGUUAACAACUUUGAUAGAGAGGUCAUAAGGCCUCCUAAGAAACCUCCAUUGAUAUUGAGGAUGAUGGUAAUUCUCCUUUUUGUCAUGGCUUGUGGAGUCUACAUUUGCUCAAUCUAUUCAAUCCAAAUAAGCACCUAUAAAAUAGCCGAAUUGCUAAACAUUAAAGUGAUGGACCAGCAGUGUAAUGCUACAAAUGUUAAACCAUCUGAGAUUCCCUAUGUGCAUUAUCCCAAACCCAAAACAUAUAACAGGGGGGAAUGUGCAUGCAAUCCGGUCCGGUUCUUUGCCAUUUUGUCAUUGCAAAGAACCGGGAGUGGCUGGUUUGAGACAUUAUUAAAUAGUCAUAUUAAUGUAACCUCCAAUGGAGAAGUUUUUACACCUAGAGAGAGAAGGAAUAAUAUCACUACUAUUGUGAAGACAAUGAAUAAAGUUUAUAGACUUGACUGGUUCAAUAGUGCUUCCAAGAAUGAGUGCACAGCUGCGGUUGGGUUCAAAUGGAUGAUUAAUCAGGGUUUUUACCGGCAUCGCAGACAGAUACUGAAGUACUUUAAGAAGAGAGGAAUUUCAUCAAUAUUCCUCUUUAGAAAGAAUAUACUGCGCAGGAUGAUCUCUGUGCUUGCAAACUCCCAUGACAAAGAUGCUAGGUCACUCAAUGGAACCCACCAAUCUCAUGUUUAUUCGCGAAUGGAGGCUCGUAUACUAGCAAAAUACAAGCCAACAAUCAAUGCAACAUUACUUUUAUCCGAGCUACGACAAGAAGCAGAAGAAACUGCCGAGACUAUAGAUUUCUUUAAGAGAACCCGCCACAUGGUUCUCUACUACGAGGAUCUUAUCAACCGCACGAACCUUAACUUUAAGGAGGUCCAAGAAUUUCUAAGGUUGCCAUACAGAGAGCUUUCGAGCAGUCAAGUUAAGAUACACACAGCCCCCUUGUCGAUGCAAAUUCAAAACUGGGAAGCUGUCCGAGAAGCAUUGGAAGGGACAUCAUAUGAGAGAUUCCUCUAUGAAAACUAACGUAGGUGGUCUUCCAAACAGCACUAGAUAUUUUGUAGAUUACAACUCGGCAAAUCAAAGUUUGUCAUCAUUUAUCACAAACAAUUUUGGCUACAGCAAGAAAGCACAAACCUUGUAGAUCCUAAAGUCUUUUUGGUUCUGUUAAUUGGCGUACCUCUUUUUAGAAUGUUUAUCUUGUUAAUGCAAAUUUGCAAGAUUUUGUCCGUUUGCAGCAUACUUGUAGAUAAACCAGAGGAAUUAAUGGACAAUUCACAGCAAGAAUCAGUAUUUUUUUCCCUUGUGAAGAAACUCAAGGAAUUCAGAAUGUGGCUUACUAUUAUUCUGCAUUACUCUCCAGCAGAAAAUUUUAGAACCACCGUGACCCAUUGCUGGGAAAAACGAAUGAUUA